CGGGGCCUGGCGGCGGUUGCUGGCGGAGCCCGAGAGGCGGUGAAGGCUGUCGUUGCCUUGGCCGUCGCAUCCCAGCGGGAGUCGUGUAGGUACCCACCCCUGGCCUUCGAGCCCGCAGAUUGCCCACCGAAGCUCGUGUGUGCACCCCCCGAUCCCGUCAGCCGCUAGCCCCUGGCCUUGCGGGACGUGUCUCCGGCAUCAUGUGUGGUAUAUUUGCUUACUUAAACUACCACGUUCCUCGAACAAGACGAGAAAUCUUGGAGACCCUAAUCAAAGGCCUUCAGAGACUGGAGUACAGAGGAUAUGAUUCUGCUGGUGUGGGAGUUGAUGGAGGCAAUGACAAAGAUUGGGAAGCCAAUGCCUGCAAAAUCCAGCUUAUUAAGAAGAAAGGAAAAGUUAAGGCACUGGAUGAAGAAGUUCACAAGCAACAGGAUAUGGAUUUGGAUAUAGAAUUUGAUGUACACCUUGGAAUAGCUCAUACCCGUUGGGCAACACAUGGCGAACCCAAUCCUGUCAAUAGCCACCCCCAGCGCUCUGAUAAAAAUAAUGAAUUUAUUGUUAUUCACAAUGGAAUCAUCACCAACUACAAAGACUUGAAAAAGUUUUUGGAAAGCAAAGGCUAUGACUUUGAAUCUGAAACAGACACAGAGACAAUUGCCAAGCUUGUUAAGUACAUGUAUGACAAUCGGGAAAGUCAAGAUAUCAGCUUUACUACCUUGGUGGAGAGAGUUAUCCAACAACUGGAAGGUGCUUUUGCACUCGUGUUUAAAAGUGUUCAUUUUCCCGGGCAAGCAGUUGGUACAAGGCGAGGCAGCCCUCUGUUGAUUGGUGUACGGAGUGAACAUAAACUUUCUACUGAUCACAUUCCUAUACUCUACAGAACAGCUAGGACUCAGAUUGGAUCAAAAUUCACACGGUGGGGAUCACAGGGAGAAAGAGGCAAAGACAAGAAGGGAAGCUGUAAUCUCUCUCGUGUGGACAGCACAACUUGCCUUUUCCCAGUGGAAGAAAAAGCAGUGGAAUAUUACUUUGCUUCUGAUGCAAGUGCUGUCAUAGAACACACCAAUCGUGUCAUCUUUCUAGAAGAUGAUGAUGUUGCAGCAGUAGUGGAUGGACGUCUUUCUAUCCAUCGAAUUAAACGAACUGCAGGAGAUCACCCUGGACGAGCUGUGCAAACACUCCAGAUGGAACUCCAGCAGAUCAUGAAGGGCAACUUCAGUUCAUUUAUGCAGAAGGAAAUAUUUGAGCAGCCAGAGUCUGUCGUGAACACAAUGAGAGGAAGAGUCAACUUUGAUGACUAUACUGUGAAUUUGGGUGGUUUGAAAGAUCACAUUAAGGAGAUCCAGAGAUGUCGGCGUUUGAUUCUUAUUGCUUGUGGAACAAGUUACCAUGCUGGUGUAGCAACACGUCAAGUUCUUGAGGAGCUGACUGAGUUGCCCGUGAUGGUGGAACUAGCCAGUGACUUCCUGGACAGAAACACACCAGUCUUUCGAGAUGAUGUUUGCUUUUUCCUUAGUCAAUCAGGUGAGACAGCAGAUACCUUGAUGGGUCUUCGGUACUGUAAGGAGAGAGGAGCUUUAACUGUGGGAAUCACAAACACAGUUGGCAGUUCUAUAUCAAGGGAGACAGACUGUGGAGUUCACAUUAAUGCUGGCCCUGAGAUUGGUGUGGCCAGUACAAAGGCGUAUACUAGCCAGUUUGUAUCCCUUGUGAUGUUCGCCCUUAUGAUGUGUGAUGACAGGAUCUCCAUGCAAGAAAGACGCAAAGAGAUCAUGCUUGGAUUGAAAAGGCUGCCUGAUUUGAUUAAGGAAGUACUGAGCAUGGAUGACGAAAUUCAGAAACUAGCCACAGAACUUUAUCAUCAGAAAUCAGUUCUGAUAAUGGGACGAGGCUAUCAUUAUGCGACUUGUCUUGAAGGGGCACUGAAAAUCAAAGAAAUUACUUACAUGCACUCUGAAGGCAUCCUUGCAGGUGAAUUGAAACACGGCCCUCUGGCUUUGGUGGAUAAGUUGAUGCCUGUGAUCAUGAUCAUCAUGAGAGAUCACACUUACGCCAAGUGUCAGAAUGCUCUUCAGCAAGUGGUUGCUCGGCAGGGACGUCCUGUGGUAAUUUGUGAUAAGGAGGAUACUGAGACCAUUAAGAACACAAAAAGAACGAUCAAGGUGCCCCACUCGGUGGACUGCUUGCAGGGCAUUCUCAGUGUGAUCCCUUUACAGUUGCUGGCUUUCCACCUUGCUGUGCUGAGAGGCUAUGAUGUUGAUUUCCCACGGAAUCUUGCCAAAUCUGUGACUGUAGAGUGAAGAAUAUACAAAAUGUAUGAAACUCUGUAUGAUUAAGCAACACAAGACACCUUUUGUUUUUAAAACCUUGAUUUAAAAUAUCAUCCCUUGAAGCCUUUUUUUAGUAAAUCCUUAUUUAUAUAUCAGUUAUAAUUAUUCCACUCGAUAUGUGAUUUUUGUGAAGGUACCUCUUACAUUUUUCCAGUAAUUUGUGGAGGACUUUGAAUAAUGGAAUCUAUAUUGGAAUUUGUGUCAGAAAGAUUUUAGCCAUUAUUUUCUUUAAAGAAUGCUGGUUGUUGCAUUUCUGGACCCUCCACUUCAAUCUGAGAAGACAGUAUGUUUCUAAAAUAAUUGGUACUUGUUUCACCAUACUUCCUUCAGACCAAUGAGAGUAAUGCAUUUAAUUGGAAUAUCUAAAGCCAGUGGCAGUAUAUACUCAUAUUUGGACAGUUAGGGAAGGUUUGUGAAGUUAUAUAAAGAGGAGAUGUGAUUUAUUUUGAAAUUUGUUUCUGUUUUUUUUUUUUAAAUCAAACUCUAAAACUUAAAACUGAAAAAUUUUCUUGGUAGGAUUUAUAUCUAAGUUUGGUUAGCCUUAGUUUUAGUUUCUCAGACUUGUUGUCUGUUACCUAUAGGUGGAGGAGAUUUAGGAAGCAAAAUAUUAUAGUAGUGCAUUGGUGGUCUCCAAUCCUUAACAUAUUUGCACAGUUUUAUAGCACAGACUUUAAAUUUGAGCUGCUUUGGACAACUGACAAUAUGAUUUUAAAUUUGAAGAUGAGAUAUGUACAUGUUGGGUGUUCUACUUCUUUUGUUUUCAUCUCCUAAAACUGGUUUUUAUUUCCUUGUAUCUUUAGUCUUUUAUUUUUAAAAUGACUUCUGAAUGACAUAAUUUUAUCUUGUUCUUUAAAAUCACAACACAGAGCUGCUAUUAAAUUAAUAUUGAUAUA